AUCAUGUGUAUUAUGUACAGUUAAUAAUUUGAUGCAAUAUUGGUAGAUUUGAAAUGUUAGUAUGAAUGCCUACCUAUGCAUUACGUGUUUUGUUCUAGAAAGGUUGAUAGCAAAAAAAAUUAAAAGUUCCUAAGUAUUGCCAAACGAGAACUGUCACCAUGUUUGUGAAACUUCAGGUACAUGUUCGAUACAGGUCAAGAGCAUCAUGUAUACAUGACACGGUGCGACAGAGUCACUGUAAUAGUUUUAGGCAUGCCCAGGGUUAACUGCGCAUGAGCAGAGAGGAGGGGUUCAGGAGACGGAGAGUUUGGCAGUGUGAAGUCCUGCUAUGUAGAUUUAGAGGUUUCAUGGAUUAAAAGAGCAACAUCGGAAAAACAGCGUCGGUCUAUCUAGUGACAAGUGGUGUCAGAAAUGGGAUAAAAUUCACGGAAGGUCUACGACCGGUAAGCCUUAGCCUCCGGAACUUCCCGAACGGAACUUUUCAUGCAGUAGAGACGAACGAGAGUGGCCAUUAGCCAAGCCAUGAGUAGGAAGUUUGGAAGGCUAUCCGACUGGCCAAGUUGUUGAUGUACCCUACUGCUGAGGAAGGGAAGGGCAAAGACUUUCAACCAUACUUUCAGUGAGGAUUUCUUAAUUGGAUGCAUAUAGAACCAAUUCGUAUGGCAACAAACAUCUUCUUUGUGUGUGCAUGAUAUCAAGCCAGCGAAAAGAACGUUAAAACAAAUCAUUAAACUGUAGAGCGUCAAAAAAAAAGAAAAAAAAAUGAAAGGAAGAUGGAAGAAUACAUCGAGGCAGGUUCGAAACUAGGCCUGAAGGAGGAGGCUUUGCAAACGUAUGUGCAGCAGGCACUGGAGAGGGAUUAGAGAGCCAAGGAAAGAGAAAUGCAAAAGUUGAAGUUAGAAGCCGAAGAGACAGAGAAGGAAAGACAGGUAGAGAUGGAGAAACUGCAGUUAGAAGCUGGGAAGCUGAAGUUAGAAGCUGAGAAAGAGAAGUUAGAAGCUGAAGAGAAAGAGAAGGAACUGCAUGUAGAGAUGGAGAAUCUGAAGAUGGAAGCUGAAGGGAACGAGAAGGAACGGCAGGUAGAGAUAGAGAAGCUGAAGUUACAAGCUGAGGACAAGAAGAAAGAAAGGCAGGAGACGGAAGUGGAACGGCGAGACCAGCUGGAGAUGAGACAGCUGGGGCCAGAGAGGGGUGUAGCCGCAGAAACGGAAAGUGUUCGGGCUAAGAUACCCAAGCUUCCAGCCUUCGAGGAUGGCACGGACGACCUCGAUGCCUUUCUACAGAGGUUCGAGAGGAUCGCAACCUCCAACGGCUGGAAGGAGACAACAUGGGCCUCCACCUUAAGUGCUUUGCUCAACGGAACGGCACUGGAAGUCUAUUCUCGGCUUAAUGACUAUGACGCCCGGGAUUACAACAAGGUGAAGGAGGCACUUAUGAAGCGCUACAAUCUUACGGAAGACGGAUUCCGGGCCAAGUUCCGUCAUAACCAACCAGAAAAGGGGGAGAGUCCGGAACAGUUUCUGGUGCGACUGACCAAGUACCUAGACCGCUGGGUAGAUUUGUCCGAGACGACCAGAGACUAUGAGUCCCUCCCGGACUUGUUCAUCAGGGAACAGUUCAUGGAGGCGUGUCCAGUAGACUUGGCCACCCACGUACGAGAGCGAGCCCUGCAGUCCAUGAAAGAGAUGGCAGAUAUGGCUCAGCACUUCCUAGAGGCUCACAAGCGGGAACUGGCAACCCGGGUGGACACGGUGGAAGUUAACAAUCCCGGAGGUGCCCGCGUUGUCAAGAAGUGCUACAACUGUAACAGCCCGGAGCACUUGGCCAGGGCCUGCCCGCAAGUGAGACAACUGAUGGGGCCGUCCCAAGCGACGUCAUUAUACGCCAGCAACGGAAAAGUGAGAGGGUACGAGUGCGACGGAGAAGUCGAGGGAACACCGGUGACUAUGUCGUUAGACACGGGAAGUUCUGUCAGGGGACCACAUCCGCAGGGGACUGGAGUAUAGCCUCCACCAAUAACGGACCAGCAUUCGGUUGCCAUAG